AUGUCUACACCACGUAGAAGGAUCGAGACUGAUGUAAUGAAGCUCCUCAUGAGUGACUAUGAAGUCAACCUUGUUAAUAAUAGCAUGCAGGAGUUUUAUGUUCGGUUUCAUGGGCCCGAAGAUACACCUUUCGCUGGCGGUGUUUGGAAAGUUCACGUUGAACUCCCUGAUCAAUAUCCAUUUAAAUCACCGUCGAUUGGAUUCAUGAACAAAAUUUUUCAUCCCAAUAUCGAUGAAUUAAGCGGUUCCGUUUGUCUUGAUGUAAUCAAUCAAACCUGGAGUCCAAUGUUUGAUAUGAUUAAUAUCUUCGAAGUAUUCCUUCCACAACUUUUGAGAUACCCAAAUCCCACAGACCCACUCAAUGGCGAGGCUGCUGCGUUGUUAAUGAGAGAGCCACAUACUUAUGAAGGCAAAGUAAAAGACUAUGUCAGUAGGUUUGCUACGAAGGAAGCAGCAGAUGCGGCAACAGAUGAAAGUUCUUCGAGUGAUGAAGCAAGUUCUGUGGAUUCAUAUUCAGACGAUGAAGAAAGUCCAGACAUGGAAUCAUAA